GGCAAUCCCCCUAAUGUUGGAGGUUCCACGUCUUCCGCUGCGGAAAUGUAGGUUUGUGGAGUGCUGCAGUUGUGCCAUGUGGAGCUGGUGCAAUACUUUCACAGCUAGUCAAUCAGGCGCAAAUUGAAAAUGACUUGAGGUCAUCUCUCAAGAGACGUUCUGACGGCGAACCUAUGAACAACUCGCCACCCAAACACAUGAGAAUAAAUCAGCCAAAAAUGAGCAACCAACAGUCUGUUGCAUGGAAAAAACUCAACAAUGCAGUGAACAGACAGCGAGGAGGUAUGGCUAAGAAAGGCCCUAUAUCUAGUCGACUUUCCAUGCCCACAGCAAAUGCCAAUCCAAAUUUGACAACCAUCAAGACUGUAGACAUUAAGCCAGUUCAGCAAAAUCAAGCAAACAGGGCUCAAAGAGGUCAGGGGAGGAGGGAGCCAAAUGCUCAGAAUCAAAAUGAAGGUAACAAGCAGUCUGAGAAAGGACCCAGUGACGCUGACAAAGGAAAAGAGGCAAAUGAACAGGAGCAAAAG